CCGGGUUCCAGUUUUCAUCAGCUGCUCGCGGAUGUCAUUGCUCCUCUGGCGCCUCCUUUGAGUGCGGGCUCCGGGUCAGCCCGGACCAGGGGAGACCCCACCAGGGACCGAGGGCUGACGGCUGAGGAGUCUCUGUUCCCCCAAAGGUGAAAGCACUGAGCAAAGCCAUGGCCCUUGUCCUCCUGCCUCCUGUGGUUCACCAGGCAUCCAUGACAUUCAGAGACGUGGCCGUGGUCUUCACCCAGGAGGAGUGGGGGCACCUGCGCCCUUCCCAGAAGGAGCUGUACAGGGACGUGAUGCUGGAGAACUACCGGAACCUGGUCUACCUGGGACUGACAGCCUCCAAACCAGAGGUGAUUUACCAGCUGGAGCACACGGAAGGUCCUUGGGCGCCUGAGGGAGAGGCCCCAGCAGCCAGCUGUCCAGGUUUUGAGACUAGGCCUGAAACCACACAGUCAUUUCUGGCACAGGGUCUGUCUAUGGAAAUAUCAUCCCAUGAAAAAUUUCUAACAGCUGAUCCUUACACCUGCCCAUUGGGAGAAGGCUUGGAAUGUGAUCCUUGGCUAGAGAGGCAAUGGAGCAAUGAGGGAGAGGAACCUUGUGAAUAUAAUGAAGGUGGAAAGGCCUUCUUUGGGCAUAGAAGACUUACUGAAUGUCUGAAGAUUCCUGCCACAGAGACUUAUGAAUAUAAGCAAUGUGGGAAAGCCUUUCAUCAGAGGUUGGGACUUAGUGACCAUCAGAGAAUUCAUACUGGAGAAAAGCCUUAUAUGUGUACUCAAUGUGGGAAAUCCUUUAGCUGCAAGUCAACACUUACUUCCCAUUUCCGAGUUCAUAUUGGUGACCGACCUUAUGAAUGUGAUGUUUGUGGGAAGGCCUUCCAUCAGAGGUCAGGACUUAUUGAACAUCGGAGAAUUCAUACAGGAGAAAAGCCUUAUGAGUGUAAAGAGUGUGGGAAGGCUUUCCGACAAAAUGCACACCUUACUGGCCAUCUGAAAAUCCACACUCGAGAGAAGCCUUAUGCUUGUACAAAAUGUGGGAAAUCCUUCAGCUGCAAGUCAACCCUGACUUCCCAUAACAAACUUCAUAUUGGUGACAGACCUUAUGGAUGUAAUGUUUGUGGGAAGGCCUUUCAUCAGAGGUCAGGGCUUGCCGAACAUCAGAAAAUUCAUACUGGAGAGAAGCCUUAUGAAUGUAAAGAGUGUGGGAAGGCCUUCCGACAGCAUGUACACCUAACUUCCCAUCAGAAAAUUCACAUUAGAGAGAAUGCUAUUUUAUGUACCAUAUGUGGGAAGUCUUUCACCUGCAAGUCAACCCUGACUUCCCAUUACAAAAUUCACUCUGGUGAUAGACCUUAUCCGUGUAAUGAAUGUGAGAAGGCUUUCCAUCACAGAGCAGACCUUAUUAGACAUCAGAGGAUUCAUACUGGAGAAAAGCCUUAUGAAUGUAAGGAAUGUGGGAAAGCCUUCCAUCAACUUACACAACUUACUCGACAUGAAAGGAUUCAUACUGGAGAAAAACCUUUCGAAUGUACUAAAUGUGGCAAAUUUUUCAACUGCAACUCAUACCUCAUUUCUCAUUAUAGAAUUCAUAUUGAUGACAGACCUUAUGAAUGCAAGGAAUGUGGGAAGGCCUUCCGACGAAGCACACAGCUUACCCGACAUCAGAGAAUUCACACUGGAGAGAAGCCUUUUGAAUGUAAUGAAUGUGGGAAGGCCUUCUAUCGGAAGUCAGGACUUAUUGGACAUCAGAAAAUUCAUACUCGAGAGAAACCUUAUGGAAUAUAACCAAUGUGUAAAUGCCUUCUGCCAGAAGGUAGUACUUACUUGAUUUCCAAGAAUUUACAGUAGACAUUAUGAACACACCUUGUGGUUGUAAAGUUUGAAGGCUUUUCUCAAGAGCAAGAAGUUUGCUCAACACAAAGGGUUUACACUGGAAAGAAGCUUUGUGAAUGUAGUCUUAGCAUGUAUCAGGAGUUGAGCUGGACCAUACUCUUCACUGAAAAAAAUUUGAAUUCAAACUAAAAGUGAACUCAAAAGAUAAAGAAAGCCCCGAGUAAAUGUAAAAUUAUAGACCUUCCUUCCCCAGUAUUUGUGACAAAGCAAACAAUGUAUCAUCAUAUCGCAAACAUUGUAAUAACCACAAAGUUACUGUUUUUGCCUGAUUCCUGUGGAGCCAUGUCACUCAAAAAACCUUUGUUUUGAAAGUCAAGGACAAGUGGCUUUAUUUUUAAGCUUUAGGUAGACAUUAAAACACAUUUUCAGAGAGGGUCUGGAAGCAUUUACCCAUAUUUCUAACUAGCAUUGAAAUUUUCAAGGGUGGACUUGGGGCUUUUGCAAACAAGUAAGGUUAGUAGGCAAUUGGGAAACUGUAGUAAAUUUUUCUGGUAAAGGGUAGUUAUCUAAGAUACAUACAUAGGUAAUUGAUAUAAAUUUUUAGGUAUAAAGAAUUAUUCUCCAAUAGAUAAAUGGUCAAAGGAUAUGAACAGGCAGUUCUCAAAUGAAGAAAGACAAGCUGUCUAUAACAAAAUGGAAAAAAAAAUGCUCUGAAAUCUGAAUAAAAACAACUCUGAGGUUUCCUUUUGUACCCAUCAGAUUGCAGAGAUGACCCCCCCCCCUCCAAAAAAGGAAAAUAACAAUUGUUGAUCCAGUUGUCAGUGAACAGGCUUAUUAACACACUAUUGGUGGUGCUUUUAAUUGAUCCAAAUACUCUCUGGAAGGCAA